AUGAAGAUGAAGGAGCUGCUCCUCUUCCUCUCCUGUGUCCUCUGUGUCUCUGCUGACGUUCUUCAUGAGGACGUUUAUAUCACUGGCUGUUCAGACUCUGAUGGAGAGGACAUGUAUGGACUGGAUGGUGAAGAGAAAGCCUACGCAGACUUCAACAAAAAGGAGAUGAUCUACCCUCAGCCUCCUUUUAUUGAUCCUUUCACUUACCAGGAAGGAGUUUAUGAAUUAGCAGUGGCUGAGCAACAGACCUGCAGACAGAACCUGAAGGUUGAUAUGCAGGCAUAUAAGAACCCUCCACUGCAGCGUGAUGCUCCUUCAGCUGUGAUGAUCUACAGCAGAGAUGAGGUGGAGUUUGGAGAGGAGAACACUCUGAUCUGUCACGUGACUGGUUUCUAUCCUGCUCCUGUCAACGUCUCCUGGACCAAGAACGGACAGAAGGUCACUGAAGGAUCCAGCAUCAACGUUCCCUAUCUAAACAAAGAUUGGACCUUCACCCAGAUCUCCAGACUGCAGUUCACCCCACAGCAGGGAGACAUCUACAGCUGUGCAGUGCAACAUCUGGCCCUGACAGAACCACUGACCAAAAUCUAUGAGGUGGAGGCGUCCGCUCGCUCUGAUCCAGGUGUUGGACCCUCUGUGUUCUGUGGAGUGGGUCUGACUCUCGGUCUGCUCGGUGUGGCUGCUGGAACCUUCUUCCUCAUCAAAGGAAACGAGUGCAGCUGAUUGGCUCACAGUGAUGAUGUC